AAGGUCAUCAUCAGUGAUUUCAUCAUUUUGUUACAAAUAUGAAGAAAAUCCAGUUUGUGACGACCAGCGGGGCCAAAAUAAAAGCACGUUUUUGCAGGUGCAGUGGACUCUACGGCUGAGCUUCACCUUUGAAACUUGAUGACCUGCUGUUGCAGCUAUGCUAGGAGGCCAGGACCGGUUUACUGGCAUCAAGUUCCACCACAGCGUCUACAGUCUGACGGACAGUUCUGACACCAGCCCUGAGGACGAAGAGCCAGAGGACUCACUGCCACUGACACCUCUGCAGAAACUCACUGUGGACAUGUGCAAGGAUGAGAAGACCAUCAAGGAGCUGGUCAUUGGCCGUAGGCUGGGCUUCUACAAGGUCCGUGGGGAGAUUGGCUACGGGACAUUCUCUCGGGUCAAGUUGGCUUUCCAUGCCUUAACAAAAGAUAAAGUGGCCCUGAAGAUUCUGGAUAGAUCUAGACUGGACACCCAGACCCAACGUCUGUUGUCCAGGGAGAUCAGCAAUAUGGAGGUGGUGCAGCAUCCCAAUGUGGUCCGUCUGUACGAGGUGGUGUGUAUGCCCAGCCGAGUGUACUUGGUGCUGGAGUACGCAGGAGGUGGAGACCUCCACAACAAGAUCUGUAAUGAGGGCAAACUGCCUGACAACACAAGCAAGAUCACCUUUUCUCAGAUCCUCUCUGCAAUCAAAUAUUUGCACAACAUCAACAUCAUCCACAGAGACCUGAAGGCGGAGAAUGUUCUCUUUACCAGUAGCGGUUGUGUGAAGGUGGCAGAUUUUGGAUUCAGCACUCGGGUCUCAAACCGCAAUGAAGCCCUGGACACUUUCUGCGGCUCCCCACCAUACGCCGCCCCAGAGCUCUUUAAGGACGAGAGCUACCUGGGGCCACCGGUGGACGUGUGGGCCAUGGGGGUCAUGCUUUUCUUCAUGGUGACUGGCGCCAUGCCGUUCCGUGCUGAUACCAUGGGCAAGCUGCGCCAUUGCAUCAUUGAAGUCAUCUACACCAUCCCUCCCUGGGUGCCCGGCCCCUGCCAGAGGCUCAUCAGGGGCAUCUUGAAGCCAAUCCCCGCUGAACGAUACGCAGUGGACCAGAUGCUUGGCUGUGACUGGCUUUUGCAUGUAGAGUACCCCUGGUGUUGGGGGCCUCCAGAGCCACCGAGUGCUCUUCAAAGCCUGCUGCACUCUGAGCGCAGCUACAUGGAAGAGGAGGAGGAGGAGGUUUGGAGCGCACUAAAGGAACUCGGCUUUACCACCGAGCACUUACGGAACAAUCCGCCGAAGGACAGCCGCAACCCCAUCACAGGGGUUUACCGCAUCCUGCUUCACCAAGCCCAGAAAAGGAGGGGCUGUGACACGCCUCCGGUAGUCCGAGGGAUGGUGAGGGAUUCCAAAAGAGAGGGACUCCGGGCCUAUCGGGGUCUCCGACACUCCUCCAAGCUGUGUACACUGUCAUAGCAGAGAUGUUUCUCAACCAGCCGCCCUGCUCAAAAUCUCAAGAAUUGAACAUUUUAUUUGAUGUAUUUUCCAAAGUAUAAGGCUUUGCU